AAUAAGGAAGUAUGACUCUGUCGAGUCCCUGUUGGAUCUGUUGCUGCCAGCAAAGUCAAGAUGAUGAUGGGUGAUCUAGGAUCGUGUAACUGAGGUCAACGUUCAGUCAUUACAGAAACUGUAUGAAGAGCGAUGGCUUCUGUUGAGGAGGGUCUGGUCACUUGGUUAUCAGGUUGUUCUUCCUCCCUUCAGAUUAGCAUUGUGUCAGCACUGUUCAUCAUCAUUUAUGUCACAGUCUACAACCUUUGUACAAGCUGUUUCAGUAUGUCUGACAGUGUUUCACCCAGGCAUUUGCACAGACGAGAGAAAACUAAUAUUCCAUCGGCAUCUCGACAAGAUAAACUACCUGAGCCCCAGAGUGUUGAAUAUAUGCCAGAUGCCAAGGAUCUAACUGAUCAUAUAUACUCACUGGUGGAGAAUGAACUGAAUGAGGAAAAUCCUUAUGAGUGCAUUAGUGAGCCUCCGUUGCAGCCUCCACCUGACAAAGCUGACGGGGAGAACGAGAGCCCUUCCCAAGCAAUGACAAAGCCUGAUGAUAAUCACUCUGUCUCAGCCCUCAACAAACCAGUAAACAAGCAGGCAGUGGAGCAGCCUGAUGCUUUACCUCAACAUUUAACUGACUCAGAACCAACUGCUGUCUAUGCUGAAGUGAACUGGAAAACCAAAAGUCAGAAGAGCUCAACACCUCUGCAUGAGACUGAUACUGUGGUUGAUAUGAGUGAUAUUGCUAAGGAGACUGUCCCUCCCAUUCCUGACAAACAUUUCUAGUAUGACGAAAGGGCAACGUUUUCAUUUUCAAUGCACUAUUAGUAUUUAUUCAUAUUUUGCAAGCCUUUAAUAAAACAUGCAACACAUAUUAACAUGUUGUUAACAAUAAAUAUUUUUGUAUUUAUUGCUAUUUAUCAUGUGAACUAAUAAAUGUAUCCAUUCUUAUAUUGCCACAACUUAAUAUAAAGCUAUAAAGGACGCCAACCAUGUCUGGGUUAUUUUAGGUCAGAGUGAGUCACAUGACAUAGUGCCUCGAGCCAAUACCCAGACUGGAUUCAGAGACUGAAACGGUGACCCAACAUGCUUGUACUCUCCAGACCUAAAAUCCCCUUUGGAGAAUGAAGUCCAUCGGGCACGGCCGCAGACAGAAGAAAGUUUAUUUAUAUUC